ACUUUCAGAAAUUGUCUAUUCGAAUUUAAAACGAUGGUAAAUUCAAUGUUUUUGGGUUUUUGUCGGACAACAUAGCUGACUAAAUAUGUAAAGCACACAAUUUUGUCUGCGAGUCGAAGGUAUCUCAAUAACAGUGAAUAUGUUGCCAUGCAACUUUUUUUUUAAAAGAUAUUGAGGUAAUUUGAGAUUAAUUCAGUGCUGCUAAAGGUGGUUUGUAUAGUGUUUUGAACUAAAGUGAAUUGGAAACAAGUCGCCGGAUGUUGGACACCAUACCAAAAGCCUUGUUUUGAGCUGAAAAGAACGUUACCAGGAGGCGACCAAGCCAUCAACUUCAUCUACUGAUUUUUCGUUCAGUUUAUUACAAUUUCUUUUUACAGCAGCAGACACAACACGUACAUGGGGUCGGCAAUUGGAAUAGCGAGAGGGACGGACAGCCGAAAUAAAACCUGCGUUACACAGCUGAGGCAAGAGAAUGUCCGACUUCAGGCAAGGAUCGAAAGACUAUCUGCGGAAGCGUCUCGGUUGAAAGCUGAAAUAAACGCCAUGCUUAAAGACAAGGAGCUGUUAACAUGCAGCAUUAAUGGCGGACAUAUUCACCACUUUUCGCCGACAAACGCGGAUGACACAGGAAUAGCAAAUGAGCACGAAAUUGCAACUUCUCAGACUAGCUUGACUGAAAACGUCCUUCAAUUAGAGCUAGAGACUCUGAAGAAAGAGAAGCAAGAGCUGAUCACCGAGCUGGAAGACCUAAAGACCAAGGAUGCUUGUGCAGCAGGAGGUAAUGUUGCUGUCUGCGGCGUGAAGAAUGGAUCAGAACAAUGCACAAUGAAGUAAAAAUACAGCCAGCUUUUGAACGCUGUAAACUCUGACGUCUUUCAACAAAAGGCCAUACAAGUAACUAAAAGUAUAUAUGAAAACUUGUAAGGGCAUAUCAUAUGAGAGAAUCUUCGACUAUUUGAAACUUUUUGUACAGUUCCACCCCGAACCGCGAAGGGCAGUUUGACAUGGGCAAGCGGUGCAGCACGCCCGCAAUUUUCUCGCACUUUCUAAAACUUCAUCGUAUGUCCAUAUGGAAAUUGUUUCACACAAUAUUGUAGCCUGUCACAGUCGAUUGCCGAGGAGUGAAAUCGCUCUGCACUUCUCCAACAGUGUGAGAAAUAAUUUCAACGAGUGUCGAUCCAUUAUAUCUGCAAAAUUGCGCGCAACUAUUUCAACGCGUGUCAACUAUCUAGAACAUUUCUUGCAACAAUUUUAACUCGACAGUGUAAAGCAGUAAGAAUCAAUCUUCUAUUCCUACGCUCAGCGUAGAACUUUCCUUCAAUCGAAUACAUUGUAAACUGUAACUGAAGCCCUUGUUCAGUGUCACUUCUUCUUGUAUCAGUUAAGAAUAGUAUCUUAAUUUGAACGAAGUUUACUUUCGCUACCUCAAAAUCCCGAAUAUAAACCCAGGGCGUAAUUUCAUUCUAAUCCUUUCAUUUCGCUUUGUUGGAUAAACUAUCGAGGAAGCUUAUUAUCGAAGGGGGUGGGGUGGGAAAGCGAGCCUUGUUACCAGAAAGAAUCUCAAUUGUGUUUCAAAAAUGAUUGGGUUAAUUUUUUUUCACAAGAUGUUGAGAUAAUUGGAAACAUUUCUUGUACCUGAGAGAAUAUCGCGUGGUGAAAGUAUAACGACAUAAAAUAACAGACUCUAACAGCAUAAAGUAACAGACAAGCUCUCCAAAAGGAUCUUAGAAUCAAAUAAGUUAGGGAAGGAUUUUUACGUCGAUGGUAGAUUUCGGCGGGGAGGGCGAAAGGUUGGUGGUGCUCAUUUUUAACCCGUGAAUUGCAUAAGCAAGUUACAGGUUAUAGUGGUAGAUCAGACUAUGCUAAAUGGGGGGUUGGUCGAUCAUCUGUUAACUUUUCGUAACUCCGCUGUUUUGCGGGCCAUACAUCGUUUGACAUAUCUCCUUGCAUACGAUGGCUGGGCUCGCAAUACUAGCAGUGGUCGAAACCGAGCUAUCCUACAGAAACGACACGAUAAUAAUUUUUAUUAUAUGGAGAAGAGUGUUUUACUGGGAACUAAACCACUCGUAGAUUC